GAGACGGGUUACUCGGCUCAAGCAGGACGGCGAACGGCACAUGUGACAACAAACACAGCUGAUCCAAGGAUGCCGAAUACCGCGCCUCCCAGGACACUGCUAGGCGACCACUGCCAUACUUAGACUGAAUCACCACUGCUCUCCACCAAGAACAGUGAUGGUACUGUGGGGGCGAGGGAUGGUGAGGGUGGCGUGGGGUGCCCCGGGGUGGGUGGUGGCAGGCCGGGCGCUGCAUUGGCCUGCAAACCAAGUCAGAAGCACCUUUCUGCAGUAUUUUGAGAAUCAGGGUCAUCACGUUGUGUCAUCCAGCCCUGUGGUGCCCUGGAAUGACCGCACACUCACCUAUGUUAAUGCCGGCAUGAAUCAGUUUAAGCCAGUGUUCCUUGGAGAGGUUGAGCGGCCGUGUAGUCGUGCCACCAGCAGCCAGAAAUGUGUGCGUGUGGGAGGGAAGCACAACGAUCUGGCAGACGUGGGUACUGACACCUACCACCACACCUUCUUUGAGAUGAUGGGCAGCUGGUCCUUUGGCGAUUAUUUCAAGGAGGAGGCGUGUGCUAUGGCUUGGAGACUGCUGACAGAGGUGUACCAGCUGCCACCCUCCUGUCUCUAUGUCACUUACUUCAAAGGGGAUGAAGAGCUGGGUCUGGAGGCUGACCUGGAGGUGAAGCACAUCUGGAGGGGUAUCGGUGUUCCUGAGGAGAGAAUUCUUCCCUUUGGCAUGAAGGACAACUUUUGGGAGAUGGGAAUGUUUGGACCCUGUGGUCCCUGCACUGAAAUUCACUUUGACCGUCUUUGUCGCCACUAUGCUGGGGAGAGAGUCAAUCUUGGAGUGGAGGACCUGAUAGAGCUGUGGAAUAUAGUGUUCAUCCAGUUUGAGAGACUACAAGAUGGCAGCCUGCGGAACUUAGGGACCCACUUUGUUGACACUGGGAUGGGUCUGGAGAGGAUCACAGCAGUGCUCAACAACAAGUCUUCUAACUAUGACACUGAUCUCUUCAUGCCAAUAUUCUCUGCCAUCCAGAGGAUGAGUGGCAGAGCAGCCUACAGUGGUGGCUUCAGUUCAGAUAACCAGUGCCUGGACACAGCGUACCGGGUGUUGGCGGACCACGCACGGAUGGUGACGGUGUGCCUGGCCGACGGCAUGUUCCCCCAGGAAUGUUACAAUCUCAACCACAUCAUCAAGCGCUCCCUUUCCAUCGGCUGCAAGCACUUUGGCUUCACACGGGGGCAUGGUGGCCUAGGGGAGCUUGCUGGGGUGGUGGCUGAGACGCUGGGACAGGCUUAUCCAGAGCUGGUGACACAGCUGCCUCGCAUCACCACUGUCCUGCAGCACGAGGAGGAGGCCUUCUAUGACACUCAGAAGGAUGUGUCCAGAGGCUGGAAAGAUUUGGUUUUGGAAAGACCAGAGUUGGCCAGUGUUACCUGCUACCACAUACCAAGAAGUGUUGAAGGCAUUGAAGACAUGCUCCCUCAUCUGCACAGAUGGAAAGAGCAAGAACACACUCCCGGUGCUGCGGCACACAAACUGUAUGCCACCUACGGCUUCAGUACCGCUCUGAUUAGUGAGCUUGCCCAAGUAUAUGGUCUUGUGGUGGACGAGGAGGGACUUGAGGCGGCCAUGGAGGAGGCCAGACAAAGGGCAAGAGAGGGACAAGUGAAGGCUUACUAUGGCAUGGAAGUGAACAAAGAUGGAAGGUUACUGCAAGACCUCCAUGCAUCAAAUAUACCCUUGACUGAUGACAGUGCUAAAUAUCUUUAUAACACUGACUCUCAAGGAUGCUAUGAAUUUCCCCCUGUCAAAACAAAUAUCCAGGCAUUGGUUGUGGAUGGUAGCCGAGUGGAAAGAGUCAGAGGCAAUGCAAAUGUUGGUGUCAUCUUAGAGGCAACCAAUUUCUAUCAUGAGGCAGGUGGGCAGGAUGGGGACACAGGCUGGCUGGAGACAAAUGGUGCAGAGUUGAGAGUGAAUUCUGUGGACAACAUUGGUGGCUACCUCAUUCACUGGAGCACACUGGAAUGUGGCGAGGUGGCAGUGGGAGACACAGCUGUGGUCAGGAUAUCUGAGAUGCCACGGAUGGGUUGUAUGAGGAACCACACAGCCACACAUCUCCUCAACAGUGUCAUCAAGGCCAUCACAGGUGUGUCAUGCCAGACCUCCUCCAGAGUGACUCCUGACUACCUCCUCCUACAGCUGCACACCUACCAGACCCUCACACCCUCAGCCCUUACUGAGGCACAGCACCUCAUCAAGAGUUGGAUAGCCCAGCGGUGCCCCAUCCAUCGCAGGACCAUCGGCUUCCAGGAGCUGCUGCAGGAGGGCAGUGUGACUCUGGUGCCUGGGGAGGUGUACCCUUACUUUGUGCAUGUCAUCUCCAGCAGGGCACAGAGGGACAGUGCCAUGCAGGGUGGUGAAGCGGGCUACCUGGAGUCCAUGGAGCCAUGCUGUGGCACUCAUCUCCUCAACACAGCACACAUUGGCACCUUUGUCAUUGAGAGUGUUAGCAAAGCCGGGCAGAGCAACACAAGGAUACGUGGCUUGUGUGGGGAGGAGGCGGCAAGAGCAGAAAGCAAUGGUGCGGCUGCCCUCCAGAAGGUGAAGGAGUGGAAACGCUUGGUUAUUGAAGCCACCAGUGCAGGAGCAAAGGACAGGCUACUUCACCUUGACCAGGAGAUAAAGGAGUGGCAUGCCGAUGUGUCUGCCUCGCUGCUGCCUCACCUGGCUCGCUGUUUCAUCAGCCAGGCUGUGGAGGACCUGGCCAGACUCUUGAAGAAGUCCAUCAGGGUGGAUGCCAAUGUGGAGAUGGCCAAUGAAGUGAAGGACAUCAUGAGCAGACAGCCAGUUGGUGCCAUCAUUCACCUGGUGAAGACAGACUUUGGCACCAGCAAGCCCAAGCUGCGGCAGGCCACCAAGAUUGCCAAGGACCGCCCCGUACUCCUGCUGGUGAAAACUAAUGGGAUGGUGAUGGCUCGAUGCACACUGCCAGAGGAUAUGGCAGGGCAGGGAGCCUCAGCACAGAAGUGGCUCAGCUGUGUCCAGGAGUCAGUUGGGGGAAGCGUUGAGACACCCCCUGACAAGAGCUCCAGACUGGUGGCCAACCUCAGGAGUCCCAAGCUGAGGCCUUCCAUUCUCCAGGAGAAGCUGCAGGAGGCUCUUCAGGCUUCUAGUAAAUAUAUAGAGAAAUUUUCCAUCCAUGCAGGGGAGAGUUCUUGAGUGGCUCUCAGAGGUAGACUUGUACAGUGUUGUGUUUGAAUAAAUGUACUUAUUUGUUUU